GACUUGUAGAGAUGGACUUGGGCAGAGGGACCUUCAAACUCAAUGUGCUCAUCCCUUGUUUUCCCCAAACCAGGAUUUCCCAUUGCCAACCCCUGGGAGGCUGCGAGGAAGAGGAAGAUGCCCCGGGACACUGAGGCAGAGCAGGAGCUGAGCAUGGAGAGCAGGGAGGACAAAUGCCCGCGGCAGAACCUGGUGGAAGAGGCCGUUUUGAGCGGCUCCACGGCGCAGGAAGCCAACGGGGAGGAAAAGGCCCGGAGAUGCCGCACGAGGAGGGGCUGCAAACGCAGCUGGCGGGGAUGUGAGGGGGAAAGAGCCAGCCUGGGCCGGGAAGGCGGCCGGAGAUGGAGCCAGAGCUCGGAGCUGGUGCUCCAUGAGCAGCUCCAUGAUGGGGAGAAGCCCCACACGUGCGGGGAGUGUGGGAAGAGCUUCAGGUGGAACUCCAAGCUCAUCGAGCACCAGAGGAUCCACACUGGGGAACGGCCCUACGAGUGUAAACAAUGCAGGAAGAGGUUUCAGACCAGCUCCCAUCUCCUCAAGCACCAGCGCACGCACACAGAGGAGAGGCCCUUCCGCUGCCCUGACUGUGGGCAGGGCUUCAGGCGAAAUGCCCAUCUUGUCAUGCACCGACGCAUCCACACUGGGGAAAGGCCCCACGAGUGUGGGGAGUGUGGGAAGAGCUUCAGCUGUAGGUCCCACCUGAUCCACCACCAGAGGACCCACACUGGGGAACGGCCCUACGAGUGUGGGGAGUGUGGGAAGAGCUUCAGGCAGAGCUCCAACCUGAUCAGCCACCAGAGGACCCACACUGGGGAACGGCCCUACGAGUGUGGGGAGUGUGGGAAGAGCUUCAGGAAGCAUUCCAACCUCACCCUCCACCAAAGGAUUCACACAGGGGAAAGGCCCUACGAGUGUUCCAAAUGUGGGAAGGGGUUUCAGAGCAAGUCAGAUCUGCUCCGGCACUAUCAGGUUCACCUAGAGGAGAGGCCCUACGAGUGUGAUAAAUGCAGGAAGAGGUUUAAGAGCAGCUCCUGUCUCCUCCGGCACUAUCAGGUUCACACAGAGGAGAGGCCCUUCCAAUGCCCCGACUGUGGGAAGGGAUUCAAGUACAAUUGCACCCUCGUCAGGCACCGGCGCAUCCACACUGGGGAGAGGCCCUGCGAGUGUCCCCAGUGUGGGAAGAGCUUCUCCUGCAGCUCUCACUUGACCCAACACCAACGGAGGCAUCAGUAAGGGAAGCCCUGUGAGUGCCCUGAGUGCGGGAAGAGCUUCAUGUGCUGCUCCAGCUCCAUCCCCCACUGGAGGAGCCACGCUGGCCAGACCCAAGGUGAGCCACAUUCCCUGUGAUCCAUGUUGGGAACACACCUGGCUGCUUCUCCUUUUGAUUUGGCCUUAAUUUUUUUCUGAUCCAUCUUCAUCCCUUAAAAACAGCCAAUACUGGGUUAAAUGAAUGAUAUUGAUCAAACAUGCCUGAAGUCCCACCAUUUCACAGGUGUUUGAGGGGGAAUUCAGGAUUUGGGGACACAUUCUGUGUGGAGUGCCCUUGUAGCUAAGAGGCAGGAAUUUGAUCUCACCCUUCUUGUGUUGCUAAGAACUCCUCCCUUGACCCAAACCCGAACUCCAGCCCUGGGAUACGCUAUAAAAACCCCACGACCCUGCCUUUGCCCUGUCUUUCGGGGUCAGAAAUGGAUUCUUGAGCUCUCUGAAACCAAGACCAAUCUCGUUCAUUCCCAGCACGGGCAGCUGCAGCCUCCCUGGCCACCAUGAGCUCUGGAGAAUGGGGGCAGCCAGUGAGGACAGGUCCUGCAUUGCAAGAUAAGUGUGUGUUCCAUUUGCCAUCUGUCAGAGGUGGGGCAGUUAUCUUCUGAUCACUGGGCAGUUUAUCUCUUCCACAGCCAAUCCUCCCUCUGGGGAGAUGUGUUCCCUGAAUAGGCCAUUACUUAUUAAUUAUCUGCUGUUAAUGGGCCAUUGAGUGUCCCUGCAUGGCUGAUAAAAUGACAUUGUGCCACUGGGCAAUGCUCCACCCAGGGGGAGGAGCCAACCAUUCCUACCUGGAUAGAAUCUGAGGUUUGGAACAGCACAGCAGCCUUUUUCCACUGGAUUCCCAGAGGAAGGAAGAUUCCCAGGCCCAUCUGCAGC